UCGUCUUCUCUACAUUUCUGUUGUGCCUCCUCUGUCACACUCCCAUAACCGCCAUUCUUCUUGUCUGCCUCGUAAUUAACGACAGACCAACUUUUUUCCCCUCUCCCUAUAUACAUAUACGAAGUACAUCUCUGUAAAAAAGCAACUCAACACUCACUCUGUCCAUCUGCAUUCACUCUGCUCCUCGUGUCUUUUUCACAAUGUCGACGAUCAAUUUCCCGGCAGGAUCAUACGCGAUGAAAGCCGACCCGACCCGAUCAUACGGUCGCCUCUCAUCGGCCAGAAGCAUCUGCAGAGAUCACUCGUUGUUCUCCCUUUGUCCCGAUACCAGAAAACGAGUGCCUAUUCGGUAUCGAAUUCAGCCCGUGCGUUCUCAAGGCGUAAAUUCGAAAGCUAACGCUGAAUUGUCCUCACUUAACGGUGCUGCUUCCUCUUCAGGUGAGCGAAGUUUGCAGCCAGGAAAUGUGCAUCUGAAUGGUCAAAGGAAAACGAAGAUAGUUUGCACCAUUGGUCCUUCAACAAGCUCACCUGAGAUGAUAUGGAAACUGGCAGAUGCUGGAAUGAAUGUUGCACGCCUAAACAUGUCUCAUGGGGACCAUGCUUCACAUCAGAAAACCAUUGACAUUGUUAAGGAAUAUAAUGCACAGUUUGAUAACAAGGUUAUUGCCAUAAUGCUAGAUACAAAGGGACCUGAGGUGAGAAGUGGUGAUGUGGCACAGCCAAUUCAACUUAAGGAGGGUCAAGAGUUUAAUUUUACUACAAAGGAAGGAGUGAGCACGGUUGACACUGUUAGUGUGAACUAUACUGAUUUCAUAAAUGAUGUUGAUGCUGGGGAUAUACUUCUUGUUGAUGGUGGAAUGAUCUCAUUGGUUGUGGAAUCAAAGACAAACAAUUUGGUGAGAUGUGAGGUCAUUGAUGGUGGAGAGCUAAAGUCAAGGCGACAUUUGAAUGUACGUGGGAAGAGUGCAACUUUGCCUUCAAUAACAGAGAAAGACUGGGAAGAUAUUAAGUUUGGUGUGAAGAAUGAAGUUGAUUUCUAUGCUGUUUCUUUUGUGAAGGAGGCCAAUGCAGUACAUGAGCUGAAAGAUUAUCUAAAAAGCUGCAAUGCUGAUAUUCAUGUGAUUGUAAAAAUUGAAAGUGCUGAUGCUAUACCAAAUCUUCACAGCAUCCUUUCUGCUUCAGAUGGAGCAAUGGUUGCUCGAGGUGACCUUGGUUCUGAGCUCCCAAUAGAGGAAGUUCCUUUACUGCAGGAAGACAUUAUUAAAAGGUGCCGCAGCAUGAAAAAGCCAGUCAUAGUAGCAACUAAUAUGCUUGAAAGCAUGAUUGAUCACCCAACUCCUACUAGGGCUGAAGUCUCUGACAUUGCAGUUGCAGUACGAGAAGGAGCCGAUGCAAUAAUGCUUUCUGGGGAAACUGCCCAUGGAAAGUAUCCCCUGAAAGCUGUAAAUGUAAUGCAUACUGUAGCAUUGAGGACUGAAUCAUCUCUAUCAACAAGAACAUCUUCUCUACAGCCAGCGGGUUUGCACAAGAGCCAUAUGGGAGAAUUGCUUGCUUACCAUUCAAGCACAAUGGCCAAUAAACUUAACACCCCUAUCAUUGUGUUUACAAGAACUGGCUCAAUGGCUGUGACUUUAAGCCAUUAUCGUCCUCACUCGGCAAUCUUUGCUUUCACAAACAAUCAAAGGUUGAAGCAGAGGCUUGCUCUCUAUCAGGGGGUGGUGCCUGUAUAUAUGGAAUUCUCAAAUGACUCAGAGGAGACCUUUUCUCGAGCGUUGAAGCUUCUAUUGAGUAAGGGCCUACUCACCGAAGGACAGUUUGUGACCCUUGUUCAGAGCGGAGCACAGCCAAUUUGGCGUAGAGAAUCUACUCAUCACAUACAAGUUCGGAAAGUCCAAAGCUGAUUUUUUUAUGAAACUGAACUUUUGAACUGAAGCCGUGGUAUCAAAUAGUUAGAUGGUUAUGUCAUAUUUAUGAAUCUUUUUUACCCUGUCUUCGUGAUAUGAACAUUGAUGGAUAUUUUUAUUUGGACUGAAGGGAGAAAAAAUAUACUAUUAUACCCAAAUACCCAUAAAAAUUUUGUCUCCCACCCAGCCACCAAUUUUCCAGCAUCUGUCAUCAAGUGUAGUGAUGUUGGCAUGUUCAUUAACAACAUAGAAGACACUGAAAGUUCUGAAAGAGUGCGAUCGUGGCCCUGUUCUAUGCUAAGGUUUAAAGACCCUUUCCCUAGCAAUCCUAGCAUCCAUCCCAAAUGGGCUUCUUGGGACUUGGGAGGCAAUCUAUGCUUGUUAAUGCUCUUUAUUAUUGUUGGUUACUCUAUUAAGUACAUCUCUUAAAUGUUCUAAAAUAUUUCUUAUAUUUUCAGAGUUUAUUUGGGAUAUUAAAUUAUUCAUGAUAUUUGACGUUGCA